UUUACGACAGUUAUUUAGUUUAUAAUAUUUUCGCUUAGUAAUUCAUUCAAUAGUAUUUUCUAGUUAGAAUUAGAAGUGUUUAAAGUAUAUUCAUUGCAUGUAAAAUAUAUCGGCAUGCGAUGACGUCACAUCCGGUUUCGCCGCGUCUUGUGGGAAAACACCGGUUUGAAAUUAGCGCGAGGGUGGGGGCUUUCCACGAGGCUCACCUGAGCAGAAGCAGUUUUGCAGGCAUGAGAAAUCACAGUGAGAGCAACGCUUUUUCACCAUAUGUUAAUGUGAAGAGUGAACAGUAAAUGGUUAAUCUUACUGCGAUCUGGUUUGCAUUGGCUGUGGUUUAUCCGGACGUUAAAUUCGGCGUUCGUUACACCCGAAGGAGAACGUUACAGUGAAAAAGCGGCAUUAUCAGGUGUUUCAAGUGCUGCAAUGUCAGCUCAAUCCAGCAUCAAGUCGACGCCGCCCAGCGACAGGGGCAGUAAACCGACAUCAAGUAAGCCCACCCGGGCGUUAUCAGGUGUUCCAAGUGCCGCAAUGUCAGCUCGAUCCGGGAUCAAGUCGAUGGCGCCCAGCGACAAGGGCAGUAGAACGACAUCAAGUAAGUCCACACAGGCAAGAGCCAAGGCAGAAGCCGCCAAGGUGCGACUGCAUUACGCCAAACAAGAAGCAGUUUUGAAAAUGAAACAGGCCACCAGAGAAGUCGAAAUCCAGAAAGAAAGGGCCACCAGAGAAGCUGAAAGGGCCGCCAGACAAAGAGAACAGGCCACCAGAGAAGUCGAUAUCCAGAAAGAAAGGGCCGCCAGAGAAGCCGAAAGGGCCGCCAGACAAAGAGAACAGGCCACCAGAGAAGUCGAAAUCCAGAAAGAAAGGGCCGCCAGAGAAGCCGAAAGGGCCGCCAGACAAAGAGAAGAGGCUGCCAGAGAAGCCGAAAUCCAGAAAGAAAGGGCCGCCAGAGAAGCCGAAGAGGCUGCCAGACAAAGAGAAGAGGCCGCCAGAGAAGCCGAAACCCAGUUGGAAAUGGCAAAAAUAUCGACAGAGUUGCAAGUGCUGCAGCUAGAAAGAGAAGAAGAAGCUGCCAUGGCGGAAGCAAAGUACAUAGAACAAGCUGAAGGGUCGCGUGAUCUGACCGAAGUAAGAUCUACUUUAGAAAGGACCAGACUGGAACGCACAAGCGACUAUGUACAAUAUCAAAUAGACAGGCAGGCUCGUCUCCACUCUCCAUACGUAUUCGAUAACUUCCCCAGCUACGAGGAACCUCAGAGAGUCACGAUUGCAUCACAUCCAUACGAGGAAGGAAAUUUACCCUCACGGCUCCGUGAUGAAGUCAAGAAUGAAAGAACCGACAACGCUCCUUCACCCCCACAACAGGACGGCGGGGAGGGAGAGGUUCACUCCAGGACAACAAUUGUCAGCUCGAACUGUACAGAAGUUUGCGGUCAAACUCAGUCAAGCCGUUCUUGUUCCGAGAUCUGCCUCACUGCGGUGUACCCUAAAGAAGCACAACAAGACAUUACCAAGCGUAAAGUAACUGACGAGACGCUAGGUCAGUCAGUUUUCGUUCAAACCGAGGACGGAAACAAACUUGCACAAUCAGCUCAAGAUACCAUUUCUUUAAAACCCAAAGACACCAAGGUCUUCAGAGAUGAAGCAAAUAAUGGGGUUGCCCCAUUGCCUUUCAGAGAACCACGCCAGCGCUCACCAGAUAACAAAGAGCAGGCAGUCAAACGGUUCACGUCCUUACGGAAAACCCAGAAAAGGAAACCUGAGAUGCAGCAACGCACCCGAUUGGCCCACGAGGUACUGUGCACCCUAAUGGCAGAGGUCACAGCCAUUAUAAACGCACAAUCAUUCCUACCUGUGUCUUCUGACCCAGAAAACCCCUUUAUACUUUAGCCAUCAACGCUCCUUAUGCAGAAGGCAGGAGCACCUCCUCCACCAGGAGACUUCUCAGACAAGGAUUUGUACACAAAGCAAUGGAGACAAGUCCAGGCUCUGGCAAAUCGGUUCUGGCCUCGCUGGAGACAAAAAUAUCUACCUUUGUUGCAACAGAGACAAAAGUGGACAGAACCCCGAAGGAAUCUUCAAGUUGAAGACUUAGUCCUGCUCAGGGACAAGCAAGCCACCCGCAACAGCUGGCCAACGGCCAGAAUCACUGCUACAUUCCCUAGCGGGGAUGAACAUGUCAGGAAGAUCGAAUUGAAGACUACCGACCAAGGCGAUGUGAAAAUUUACCAAGGGCCAGUUACAGAAGUUAUUCUACUUCUACCCAAUGACUGAUUAAGAGACUAAGUUUUGUACUCUGCUCAUUGUGACCUUACGAAGGUCAAGCGGGGAGUGUGCUGUCUUUACGACAGUUAUUUAGUUUAUAAUAUUUUCGCUUAGUAAUUCAUUCAAUAGUAUUUUCUAGUUAGAAUUAGAAGUGUUUAAAGUAUAUUCAUUGCAUGUAAAAUAUAUCGGCAUGCAAUGACGUCACAUCCGGUUUCGCCGCGUCUUGUGGGAAAACACCGGUUUGAAAUUAGCGCGAGGGUGGGGGCUUUCCACGAGGCUCACCUGAGCAGAAGCAGUUUUGCAGGCAUGAGAAAUCACACUGAGAGCAACGCUGUAAGUUAAUAGAUAAUCGAUAUAUUGAACUAAGAUGUUAAUGUCGAUCCUGUUAGAAGUAACGACGGUAGAUAAUGUUUAUGCUUUCGUUAGUUAAAGAGUCGCGGAUAGUUUGCAUGGAAGUGUAUUUAAAGUAGUCAAUGGAGCAGGUAAACUCUCCCUGUAUACUGCACCUUAGUGUACUGUAGUUAUAGUCACCUUUGCAAGUAUUUACACUUGAAAUGUGAUAUUAAGGAAAGAACAAAUACUGUAUCAAUCUUGUAUUGUUUUAUCAACAGUUUUCACCAUAUGUU